GUGGGCAGGCCCAUGACUUCCCUGGGCUCCCAGCUCUGCAGGGCAGCAUUCCUGGUAGCCAUCUUGCUGCUGCUGUGGAUGAAGGGGGUGAAACCUCAGAAGGGCAGCCCAGACCCCGAUGACAGGAGCCAGAAAGAGAACAUGCCCUCUGCAGAACAAGACCAAGAACAGUUCGAAGAGCAUUUUGUGGCUUCCUCUGUGGGUGAGCUGUGGCAGAUGAUAGAUAUGGCCCAGCAAGAGGAAGACACAAUCUCAAAAACAGCAGCUGUUCGAGACCACCUCUUCAAUCUAGCCUUCUGCUUUAAUCUGGCCAGCAUCAUGGUUUUUUUAUAA